GUAAAAGAAAAACAAAAAUAAAGAAGCUGAGAGAGCGUGUGUAUUCAGUAUUGACAGACGCACCAAACUCUGGGUACACUCGCCUUUAUCAUCAUCAUCCUCAAUUUUAUGUAAUUUUAUUUCUAGGGUUUGUUAUCGUCAGAUUCACCUAAUUGGGGAAAAUAUGACUCAAAACAACGGCAAAUUGAUGCCCAAUCUGGACCAAAACAGCACGAAGAUGCUGAAUUUAACAGUUCUUCAACGAAUGGACCCCUUCGUAGAGGAAAUUCUGAUAACAGCAGCUCAUGUCACCUUCUACGAAUUUAACAUCGACCUCAGCCAAUGGAGUCGCAAGGACGUUGAAGGAUCUCUUUUUGUUGUUAAGAGGAAUACACAGCCUCGUUUUCAGUUUAUUGUUAUGAAUCGCCGUAAUACAGAUAAUUUGGUUGAAAAUCUGUUGGGGGAUUUUGAAUAUGAGGUCCAACUUCCGUAUCUUUUAUAUCGAAAUGGUGCUCAAGAAGUGAAUGGUAUUUGGUUCUAUAAUCCACGUGAAUGUGAAGAGGUUGCGAAUCUUUUUAGCAGGAUAAUCAAUGCCUAUUCCAAGAUACCUCAGAAGUCAAAGGUAGCACCAACUAAAAGUGAAUAUGAGGAAUUGGAAGCUGUACCAACUAUGGCAGUUAUUGAUGGUCCUCUGGAGCCACCAGCAUCAACUACCUCUAGUAUCUCUGAUGUGCCUGAUGAUCCCGCCUUUGUAAACUUCUUUAGUACAGCCAUUAAUAUUGGUAAUGCUUCAAAUCAAACAGCUAUCGGACAACCUUACCAAUCUUCAAAUCCAGUUCCCUUACCUUCCCUUCCAACUAGUGUUGCUGUACCUUCAGUGCCAACCUUGCAAAUACCAUCUCCUCCCCUGUCAACAUCUACUUCAUUGAUGCCAAUUCUUGAUGCCCUGGAGGCAAACAGCAACAGCAACCGGACCACAAAUCUUGUAAAGCCUUCGUUUUUUGUUCCUCCACCAUCAUCUUCUGCAGGUGUGGUGCCACCUGUCUCAUCAUCCAUUCCCACUGCUCCUCCACUCAAUCCUCCUGUGAGCCUACAGCGUUCAUAUGGAGCUCCAUUCCUUCAACCGUUUCCACCACCGAACCCUCCACCAUCUCUGACUCCUGCGUCUGCUACUCUAAAUUAUGGCCCAGUUAUAAGCAAAGAAAAAGUUCGGGAUGCUCUUCUAGUGCUUGUUCAGGACAAUCAAUUUAUUGACAUGGUAUAUCGAGCGCUGCUGAAUGCACACCAUUCUUGACCAAUUGGGGAUGGAAGUUGCCUAUCUGCUCGCUGGAGUUUUUGUUCAUUGGUGUAGUUCUUUCCCCAGGUAGGGUGAAAGAACAAAUCUGUAUAGCAUUUUGCCUAGUUUGGAAACAGUAAUCUCACAGAAAAAUGUCAUUGUGUUUAUUUGUUGCCGAUGCUGAUUAAUAUAUUCCAAAAUUUGAAUGUC